UUUUUUGUUUCAUGGAAGUCAAUGAACCAAGAAUAAUACCAGACGCAUCUGCUGUCGUAUUGCUGUAUAUGGGAGAGCCACCCCCUUAAGUAGACAGGAACGGAUAAUUUUUUGUUCGAUGGUUAACGUCCUGAGUGAACUAUCUUCAGCUAUCCAACAUCUUUGCUGCCUGUGCACUGAGGUCACGCGCAUACAUUCCUGGGGGAGGGCGGGAGUGGAGGGAACUGCCUGAGCAGCGUCGACUAUUGUUCAAAUCAACAGUGAUCUUCCGUCUGCGAGGGCGAGAGUGAGACAAGAGGUCGAAAAUCCGUGUUCCCUGUUUGUUUAGAGAAAAUAAUUUUAUAUAAGCAACGUUGGACAACUCUUUCAUAUUUAAGCUAUAUAGUUAUUUAUCUAUCUUAUCUGUGUGAAGAUGAACGGGGUAACGCGGAGUCUGUGUACAUUUGAGGACCUCAGAGCUGAUGAGAGAACAGCGGAUGGGUGCAGGAGACUGAGGCUGACUCUCCACCAGCAGAACCAGGUCGGGAGGAUCACAGAACAACCCAGGAGCAAGCCAAUUGGACGAGCAUUUGCUCUGGUGCAGCCAACCAGUGAUAGGCCUGCUCUGAAGCCUGAACCAAUCAAAUCCUCUGAGGAGAAGACUGAAAAGGUUGAAGUCAUCAAGGUGUAUCUGGAGGAUCGUAGACAGGAGCAGCAGAGACACCAGCAGAGCCUCAAGAUGUUGUCAGAUGAAGUCUCCCAGAUACAGGAGGUGAGAUACUGUCUGAAGACCCUGAGGGAACAGAUGGCAACCAAGAACAAAGGACAACACAAGUUUCUUGCUAGUGGCUACGGAGUCAGCACUCCCUCCAAUCAGAACAUCUCUUCUUCCUCAAAGGGAGGAGCUAAAGAUGAUGGGCAGGGAGGGGAGGAUGAGGUGGAGAGGGACAAGAUGAGGGAGGUCAGUAAGCGUCUGUAUGCUCAGCUACAGGAGGCCGAGAAGAAACACCAGGAGGAGAGAGAGAGACUGCAGGCUGAGGGUGUGGAUCUGCGCCAGCGUCUGGGGGAGCAGGAGGAGAAGCUGAAGGGGGUGGAGGAGAGUAGUGAGAGGAAAGACCAGAGGAUUGAGGAGCUCCAGAGGCUGCUGGGAGGCAUGGCACAGGAGAGCCAAGCCCUACGAGACACACUGAGGAACAGAGAGGAAGAACUCAGAGAAUUACGCAAGAUCAGAGAGGAGGGCAGGAACGAGGAGCAGAGGUCAGAGCAGUUGGAGAAGGAGCUGGCCAUUCUGAAGGAGAAGAUCCAUCAUCUAGAUGACAUGCUGAAGAGCCAGCAGAGGAAAGUCAGACACAUGAUCGAACAGCUGCAGAACUCUCGUAUGGUGAUCCAGGAGAGGGACCGUGUCAUCAGAGAUCUGGAGGAGAAGGUGGCUUUCCUGGAGGCAGAGAACCGGGAGAUGCAUGAUCAGAUGGACUACUUCCUGGGAGGUGAAAGGUCAAACUCGCACCUCUCAUCAGACCGCCACGCCCAGAUUGUCUACAGUAAGCCUUUGAAGCCCAGCAACUCGUCCAACAAGCCUCUUCCCUUCAUCAAAAUCAUUGAGACCAAGUCCUGAACAGGUGAAAGCGAGGGAGAAGGGGCUAACCUAACGACACCAAACCUGCUAAGCUAAACAACAAUGGACUGAAAUAGACCACCACCACAUUACUACCACACCAACAUCACAGUGCACGUAUGAAGUUUAAACUGAGGUGACCACAACAUCACAUCAACUGACCACCAGCUACGACCAUCACCCACCCAUGGCCACACUUCUUCGAUAGGACACUAUGCAGUGUGUGUGUGUCAGAGGAGGCUGGUGGGAGAAACAAUAGGAGGAGUGGCUCAUUGUAAUGUCUGGAAUGGUAUAUAUGGAACAGUCAACUGUUCCCAUAUGUUUUCUGUGUUUCAUACCGUUACAUGUAUUCCUCCUAUAGCUCCUCCCACCAGCCUCCUCGUGUGUGUGUGUGUGUGUGUGUGUGUGUGUGUGUGUGUGUGUGUGUGUGUGUGUGUGUGUGUGUGUGUGUGUGUGUGUGUGUGUGUGUGUGUGUGUGUGUGUGUGUGUGUGUGUGUGGGGUUUUGGAUUGUGUAUGGACUUUGAUGUAGAUAUACUUAUAGAGUUGAUUCUCAAUAGAAGUCUAUUUAUUCAGAGUAGACAGAUGAUUCUUUCUAACCCAGUGUCAUAAUCUAUUGUCAUCUGUUGAAGUCCGUCUGAAGGACUUUACUACUGACAGAGAGGACCAGAGACGGUGUGAUAGCAGUACCCUGUGGUUAGUAAGGGUCUGAUAACAGACCCAGUCUUUGGCCUCAGAGAGGAGGCAACCAUGCCAGGCUGGGCCAUAACAGAGAAAUAAAAUGGCCGAUGAGUGAGAGGGGGAUCGAAGAGAGAGAUGGGGGGUAAGAAAUCUGUAUUCAACUAAUCAGAACACAACCAGUUUGUCAUCUUUUUACCAAGUGUCGUGGAAAUGUCCUCUAUUUACCAAAUCAUGGGAGCAAACCACAACACAAGUCAGACAGCAUAGACAUAAUUCAUCGUUCAGCUUUGUCUCCUUUCUCAAACCCCAGAACCAUAAACCAAUCCUCCAUAUCAACAGGCAUAUAUCAAAUUGUCAUUUAGAUACAACCAACCCUAAAUACAAACAAUCCUGGACAAACUCAUGGAGAGGAGAAUGAGGCUAUAGGUUAAGAUAGAAACAACAUUAGAGGGAGCAUAGAAUGAUUCCAGACCCUGCCACCCUCCUUUCUCCACCGGGAAAGGUAGGGAGUAAAAGAUAUGUUUACACAUGAUGACACUUUGACCUCUCCCCUCUCUGCGGCCCAUGCAACUUAGUUUUGACAUAGAACAGAUAACUGCAACCUCGCCACAGUAUUAUACAAAAAUACCAUUCUGAUGAGAAGUAACUUACACACAUUUGAUGAAUAUAAAACAUCUUACAAAUGUUACCAACAAAUUCUGAAUCUUCUACGACACAUGUAACCAAGGCAGGAUAGAGUGAGUGUUGCUACACUAUACAGGUAUUGGAGAAGCAGAAACACAUUAAGGAGAGAGGAUAUAGUUUUCCAUCAAACCCUUCUGUAACCCAUUAACCUACUUCCUGUGUCUGUGGCCUAGAGUCCACUGUUAGAAUCCUCUUUAUUUGACACCUGAAAGGGAGGAAGACAAUCUUUGACUUUUUGUAAAUAUACUUAUAUGGUCACGUAACGGCCACAGUGAUGUGUCGUGGUUUAUACAAAGUUAUGAAGGCCAUGUUUGUUAUUUUGUUUGUUGAGAAAGUGGGAUGUUUGGUCUAGUAUGUGUAGAAGUCCCCUCACCAAUACUGAUGCCACUUUGAAGUCUAAAGGAAAUGAAGAUGAUUCAUUCUGACAAGUACUUACUAACCCUGCAAGAAGUUGACAUUAUCCACAUUUUUGCAUUUCAGUUACCUGACGUUUCAUCCACCAUCACCAGCUUUGUACAUAACUAUAUUUAUUUGUUUAUGUGGUAUUCUUUGAUGUCCCUGUAGUCUCACUCUGGGAUUUGUUUGUUAGUUUUAUCCUUCAGACAGGAAUGUUUGGCCUGACACUUUAGUGUGUGACAAUCAUCUUUAUGUAUUUAUGUGAAAAUACAAAUACUUUCAUUUUAGGGAAAACAUUUUCAGUAGACAUGUUAGUGUGUGUUAACAACAUAUAUACUUUGUUUUAGUUAUUUUAAUAAAUAUAUGAAACAUA